CUCCAAAUGGUGGUUUCCCUCCUUCUGAUACAUUAGCCAAUCUAUUUGGUUUUGAACCUCAAGAACAACUUUUAAACUUAUAUAAAACCCAUUGUCGUGAAGACCGUAUUUUAAAGCAUAAUAAUCAUACAGUAUGGAUCACUAGCAUGAUCUUAUGGUUCUUACGUUUCUUAUUGAAAGAUUUCAGAAGUGAAUGGAGUGGUACUUAUGAACGCGCUGAACAGUUCAUUAGCAAAGAAAUUAACGAUUUAGAAAUAGAAGAAAUUGUAGUUGCUACCGGCAGAAAAGUUGUCCGUGAAAGAUUUGAUAUUGAAUCUAAAACUAAACGGGUUACAAGAGAAAUUAUCUCAAUCACACAUGUUAGACGUAUUCUUAAAUGUCAACAAAAUACUGGUGCAUAUUACCUUACUGAUGACCUUGCGAAAUCCUUUGGUUAUGAAAGUGCCGAAAUGCUUCAAACUGCAUUCUAUGAAUAUAGAAAUAGUAAAUCCGAAACACAAAAAAUUUCUCAAAUAAAUUACCAAAUCUGGUCAACAAUGAUGGUGCUUUAUUUCUAUCGUUAUGUUGCCGUCGAUCAAAAGAAAGAAUGGUAUCCAACCUAUGAAAGGUCUUACAGAUGGCUAUGGGCUCAAUUAAAGGAUAAUGUUGUGGAAAUGGAUCGUGCCUUUGAAGUGGAAAUUGCUGAAAUGAUAGCCUCGAUUAAGAACCCACAAAAAGACCGAGGAAUUGUUCAAAAACCUUAUGGUAUCGCACGUAUCGAAAUUAUUAGUGCCAAAAACCUAAGGCAAGCCGAUUCGCGGCUUGCUCGUAGUGCUUUCGAUCCAUAUGUUAAGAUAUCUAACCUUGCUACAAGUUGGGCUUACGGUGAUUCACGUGUUAUUUACAACAAUUGUGAUCCCGUUUGGGAACAAGUGUUUUAUAUUCCAGUUUAUGAUAUUCAUGAAAAAUUCAAUUUACAAGUCUUCGAUUACAGCGCUUUCUUUAAACAUAAACUUCUGGGAUUCUAUAUUUUUGAUCUCAAAUCUGUAAUAAAAGAGUUUCCUAAUGGUUCUUUCGGAGGAAAGAAAUUAAAAUUUGAUGCCAAUCUCACUUACAAAGGAAGCAACAGAGGACAAUUAUCAUUUGUUGCUGACUUCUUUUCGCUUCCCGAACCAGAUAAAAUGGAAGCUAUUACAAUAAAUAAUGCCUCAAUUCGACAUUUAUAUCUCUUAAUGACCUAUCAAAGUCAAUAUGGUUACUUUGAACUUACCGACUCUUUAGCAAAAUUAUUCAACUUCAACCCUAAGGAAGAGCUUGCUAAAACCUUCUCUGAUUUUGUACAAAACGAUGAGUGGGUUCGUAAUUUGGAUCACAGAAUUUGGGCUACAGUGCUUGUCACAUCUUUCCUUAAAGUAUUAUUAUGGAAAGAACGUCGUGAGUGGUUCGUUAUUCAACUCUUUAAAGCCACUCAAUGGGUAGAUGAAAAUCAACAAAGAAGUUUGGGUAUUUUAGUCAUUCCUAAUACAUCACUCAUUACCAGACGCUAUGUUGAUCUACGUAUUGUCCGUCGGUUCAUCACUUACCAAAAUGAAUCUGGCUGUUUCGAACUCAUCGUAAAAUUGGCAGAAUCUUUGGGCUUUAGCUCUGUUGAAGAAGCUAAAAAACAUAUUGAAACUCAUUUUUCAUCCUACUCACCAAGAACUGCUCAAUUUAAUGAUAACGUUUGGAGUACUGCCAUUAUGCUUUGGUACAUUCGAUAUGUAUUAGUUGACUUCAGAAAUGAGUGGGUAGAUGUAUAUCAAAAAGCAUAUAAUUGUCUUUGCCAACAAAUAUCAGAUGAUAGAGUACGGGAGGAACUUCUUGAGGCUGCUAGAAUCUUUGUUGUUAAAAGAUUUGAAGUUGAACCGGAUGCUAUAAACGAAGAUGAAUCUUUCAAGGAAUCUAUAGAAGCUAACAAAAUGAGUCAGGGUUUUGAUUUUGUUGAAGAGCCCGAUGAAGUGCCGCCAAUUCCUAAUGACGAUGUUGUCGGAAUAAUUAGGAUCUGUGUUAAAAAUGCCAAAAAUCUCAAAAAAUCCGAUAGUUGGUUUACCUUUGCUAACCCUGAUCCGUACGUUCGCAUUAUGGAUGCUUUCGGAAAUGAAAUAGUUCGCACUAAGGUUUAUCAUGGAACCAUUAAUCCAAAAUGGAAUGAGGUUCAUUUAAUUUCUGCUCAUGGUUUAGACGAAAAAAUUUCGGUUGAAAUCUAUGAUGAAAAUCUUUUUAUAUCGGAAAAACCUCUCGGUACCUAUGUCAUGGAUACUAACAUUUUACUAAAAAGUGAGGAUCAAUCCAAACCUUUCAAUGGUUCAUUCCCACUUCAAAUUGGUCAAAAGCCAGUUAGAGGACUAUUAAACUUGGAUAUUCAAUUUUUCCCAAUCAGUUUCACAGAGGGUGAGAACUUUGUCUUUUCCAAAGAUACUAUUAAACAACAGCAUUUAUACAUGCUUAUUAGCUGGCGCAAUGCGGAUGGAUCUUGGAAAUUUACUGAUAAAUUGGCGCGUUUCUUUAAUUAUAUAUCUGCUGAAGAAUUGAAACAAGCUUUCCUUGCUCAUUUAUCUUCUUCAGACAAAGAUUUCUUAAAAUAUGACUUGUCUAUAUUGGCGACAGCUCUUACGAUUAUGUAUCUCAAGGUUUUAUGCUGGAAACACUAUGAUGAAUGGAAACGAAUUGUUGCAAACAGUGAAUCGUGGCUCAGCAAAGAAAUUAACAAUAUUGAUGCCGAGGAUAGUUUAUAUUAUUUAUGUAGAAAAUUCAUAGUUGAACGUUUCAAUGUUAAGAAUUUCGAAAAAGAACAAUUGGAGAUCAUCGAACCUGCCAAACAAACCAUUAUUACUCGAAAGGUUAUCACUAUCCGUCAUGUUCGUACACUUCUUUCUCAUCAAUCUGACGAUGGUUGUGUUGAAUUAAACGAAAAAGUGGCUGAAUUCUUUGGAUUCAAAAGUGUCGAUGAAUUUUUACAACACAUGCAAAAACAUUUUAAAACAGAACGUGUCAGCAAACCUCACCAUAAUGCUUGGGUUACUGUCUGCGUAGUUUGGUACCUACGUUUUGUUGCUCUUGAUCACCGACAUGAAUGGAUCGGCAAUUAUGAGAAAUCAUCAGAAUGGUUAAAAAAACUAUGCAAGGGAGAUACUGCUCUUGAAAAGGAAAUUAAUGAUUGCGCUAAGAAAUUCAUUAUUUCAAGAUAUGAAAUGUCAUUUGUUUACAAUACUUUAGGAAGGCAUCACAGAUCAUCCUCCUUAUCUGGUAAUGUUGUUAAUCGAAGUACUACCACUGACACAGUUGUUAAAAAAUUCCUUACAUACCGUCCAAAGGAUCUUUGUUAUCAACUUAAUGAUGAAAUUGCGAAACAUCUUGGAUUCUAUGAUAAAGCAUCCCUGGAAUCGGCAUUUCGAAGUCACUUUAUCUCUGAUAAUUUAUCAAAACUUGAUAUUGAUACAUUGCUCACUGCAGUAGCGAUAUGGUAUUUACGUUUAUUGGGUGUAGAUCAUCGUGAUCAUUGGUCUGGUGAAUGUGAUGAAUUAUAUAAAUUGUUACACUCACGAAUUAACAAUCCUCAAAUUGAACGUGAACUUUUGGGAUCUGCCAAACAGUUUAUUAUCAGAUCUUAUAAUGUUGAGGAUGAUGCAAUCCAAAAGGACGAUGAAUAUCAAGAGCAUUUUAACUGUACUUCAGACAUUGAAAGUUGUAAAACCUUUGUUAUAGACAAAUCAAAUAAAUCUGCCGGCAAAAAACUUAAAGAUGUUAAAAACUUUUUCGAUGCCCUUACAUUUGAUAAAGACAAUCAUGAUGAUCAUGAGAAAGCUGAAGCUCUUAUUGUAAUUGGAGAAUCAGCCUCUCCUGACAAAUGUAAUGAAAUCGUCUUGGGUCAAAAAGAUGAUGGUUCUAUUGAAUUGAGCGAUUCAGUUUGUAAUGAAUUAGAUGCUCCUAAAGAAGAAAUCAUUGCAGCAAUUCAAAAAAAGAUUAAAAACAAUAAACUUAAAUCACCAGAGUUUUUACCAAGUUUUGAAACUGCAAUUAUCAUUUCAUACCUUAAGAAAGCUGCACCUCAGCAUGAAAGUUUAUGGAAAGAUAAUUAUGAUAAAGCCCGUGAAUAUCUUUCUAAACAAGUAGGAGAUGCUAAUGCAGAAAAGGAGCUUUUAGAUUUGGCAGAUAAUUAUGUAAUUGAAAAUAGCAUAAAGAAAGUAAUUAAAGAUAAAAAGAGAAAUGCAGUAUCUAAGAUGCGAAAUUCGGCUACACCAGAAAAGUGCAACUAUACAGUAUUUAAACAAAAGGAUGACGGAUCUUUUGAAUUUAGUGAGACGGUUUGCGAAGAAAUAGAUGUUCAUGUUGUAGACAUAGUACCUACAGCAAAGAAAUAUACACAAAAUAAGAAACUUAGAUCACUCCAAUCAGAGCUGUGGUGGAAUACAGCACUUACUCUUAGUUACCUUAGAAUCGCUGCACCACAUCAUAAAAAACUAUGGGAAGAUAAAUACAAGAAAGGCCGCGAAUAUCUUUCUAAGCAAAUCGGAGAUAUCUCGGCAGAAAAAGAAUUAUUAGAUUGUACUGAUAAAUACGUUGUUGAUAAUGUCACUAAGAAGUUUGAGAAAGAUCAUAAGAAGAAUGCUGCGCUUCACAUUGUUCAGGAAACAGCUUCUCCUGUGAAAUACAAAGAAAUUGUAUCUAAACAAAAAGAUGAUGGCAGUAUUGAAUUGGAUGAUUCAGUAUGCAAAGAAUUAGGUGCUCCCAAAGAAGAUGCCAUUACUACAAUUAGAAAGAAAGUUAAAAACAAUAAAAUUAAAUCACCCGAGCAUUCAUCAAGUUUUGCUACUGCAAUUAAUAUUUCAUACCUUAAGAAUUCUGCACCCCAUCUUGAAGGUUUAUGGAAGGACAAAUAUGAUAAGGCCCGUGAAUAUCUUUCUAAGCAAAUUGGAGAUAAAGAUGCGGAAGAUGAAUUAAUAAAAUGUGCCGAUGAGUACGUAGUUGAUAAAGUAAUAGAUAAAGUAAUUGGAGAAAUGAAACACGAUGUAAUUGAUCUUAAAAAAGAUGAAAUAUCCAAAGUCACAGAACUUAAAGAUUCUAAUCUCAGUGAUAAAAUUGAAAAUGUCAUCACAUUUUGUAAAGACAAUGAGAAAGCUGAAGCCCUUAUUACCGUUGAAGAAUCAGCCUCUUCCGAAAAAUGCAAGAAAAUCGUUUCAGAUCAAAAAGAUGUUGGCUGCAUUGAAUUAGGCGAUUCAAUUUGUAAUAAAUUGGUUGUCCCUAAAGAAGGUCCAUUCUUUUGA